AGACGCGUCGACGAGGCCUGGUAGAGCGUGUCGUGCAGUGCAGCAUCCGGACAUGAACGCCCUCAAGAGCGUCAUUAUAACGUUGCCAUCGGCCGAAACGACGGAGAAGCCCGCGGCCAAGCUCAACUUCACCGCGGCAUCCAUCCUCGUGGAUAAGCUGAAGCUCGGGACGGCCGGUAAGAAGUUGGGGCAGCUCGAGCAUAUGGAGAUGGCCGCGCCGGACUCCCUCGUCGCGGAUGAGUUCGACCUCGCGCAGGAGUACGGCGGCCUCGUCGCCGUGCGUGGCAAGAAACGUCGACUCGACCAUCUCACGUGGGAGGAGAAACUCCAGAGGAAAAAAUUAAAGAACAGAGUGGCAGCCCAGACAUCGCGGGAUCGCAAAAAGGCAAAGCUCGAUGAAUUGGAGGAGACGGUGAGGCUGCUGAAGGAGAGGAACGAUAUCCUCGUGGAAGAGUGCGCGAUGCUGAGGGCGCAAAACGAGCUGCUCGUCUCGGAAUCGAGGAGGCUGAAGCGAGGCGACGGAGAGUCGGAGUCGAAGGCAUCGACGGGGCAAGUGUGCUCGAGGUGUCAAGCUUGUGUCGGCUGUACUGUACCAGCGCUGGGAUCUGCAGUAUCCCCCCUUAACCCUCUGCAGCAGGGUGGAACAGUACAAACGGCGCGGUCUCUGACGCUGAAGCCAGACGCUUCCGUGCUGCUGAAGAUUCUGACUCUCUACCUCCUCUCGAAGAUCUAUUUAGCGAGUUCCAAGCGGACGAUUACAUCGAGCGACUCGAAGAGCUCGCAGAAAGCCUUCUGCGAGAGGUUACCACCGAAGUGGAAACGUGUUCUACUCGAUCAAAUGAGCAGCAGGACGCAGUCAAGGAAGAAUGUCUCGGCCAAGAAUUUGACGAUCCAGAAUCAAUGGUGGGGGAGGCAUCAUGUUAUGUGGAAGCCGAUACAUCCCGUGGAAGCAUAACGAAGACGAGUGAUCGGGUGGAGUUGUUGCAUGACGCCCUACCCGUCGGUGUCGCCGCGAUCCCUGUAAUCCCACGGGUCUCGAUAAGCGGAUCCGGCGGCCUUGAUAUCGCGGAGAAGGUCGAGAUCAAGGAGGAACCCAUACACGCUGCCGAAAUGGUUUACGGCACUUACGACGAAGCUACCAAUUGCAUAACGAUAAUUUACCCCGAGGUGGAGCAGGAAGAGGAUGAUGA